UGUGUGGAACAACAAUCCAAUUGAAAAAUAAUACAGCAACGAGUCUUAACGAUUCUCUGAAAUUUCAAUGGGGGAAGCAAACUUCACAUAAAAUGCGUACAAACCAUCACGUAAUCAAGCAAAACCCUGACCCCCCCAAAUCUCAUCUGAAGCCCACUGCUGUCGCCGGCGACGAGUGAGUGCAAUUCCCAUAUGCAUGAUAAGUAAUAAUAUCCAAUAUAAGAGGUCAAAGUUGGGAGAUAAUUAUGGCAAGUAAAGGUCGAGUCCCUCCUCCCCAUCAUCGUCGUCCUCUUCCUGGGCCUGGUGCAGUGCAUCCUGAUCCAUAUGCUUCUGCCGUUCAUCCGCCUGUUGGUGGUUUUCCACAUUUCGAAAUGUUGCCUCCUCAUGAACUAAUGGCGCACAAGCUUUCUGCACAACAUAUUGAGAUAGAGAAACUCGCAACAGAAAAUCAGAGGCUUGCUGCUACUCAUGGAACUCUGAGACAAGAUCUUGCUACCGCCAAGCAUGAGUUGCAAUUAAUACAUGCACACAUUGCUGAUGUGAAGUCCGAAAAAGAGAAACAGACUAGAGCAAUUACAGAGAAAAUGUCAAUGAUGGAGUCUGAACUUAAAGCUGCAGAAUCCAUCCAAAAAGAGUUGCAGCAAGCACGGACUGAGGCACAGUCCUUAGUUUCUGGAAGGCAGGAACUAGUUUCAAAGGUACAGCAGUUGAAUCGUGAUCUUCAGAUGGCUCACUCUGAGGCACAACAUAUCCCUCCGCUAGUGGCUGAACUUGAUGGCUUGAGACAGGAGUAUCAGCAUUGCAGGGGUACUUAUGAGUAUGAGAAGAAGUUAUACAAUGACCACCUCGAAUCGCUUCAGGUAAUGGAGAAGAACUAUAUGGCAAUGUCGAGAGAAGUGGAGAAGCUCAGGGCUGAGUUGAGUAAUUCCACAAAUUACGACCACCGAACUGGAGGGCUGUAUGGUGGUUCCGCUGGAUAUAGUGGUAAUGUUCCUUCGGGUAACUAUGCUUCUGGUCAGGCCUAUGGUGUACAGGGCCAUGGCUCUCAUCUGGGAGGGGCUACUGGGGUUGGGCCUGCUGGUCCCGCUGGUACUGAUGGUAGUUCUCAGCCUGCUCCCUACGGUUCAGCAAAUGCUCGUGAUGCAUCCAGAGGCCCAUUUUACACGGCAUUUAGGGGAACUAGUUACGAUCCCCAGAGGGUGCAUGCUGGAGCAGGAUAUGAAGGCCAGAGGGUACAAACUGGAGCUAGUUAUGAUGCCCAAUGGGGACCUACUGGACCAGGCUAUGAUCCCCUGAGGGGAUCAGCUCCAUCUGCACACAAUACCCCUAGGGUACUGGGAUAUGAAGCUCAGAGAGUUCAUAGAUCUGAAACCCAGGAGGGACCCGGUUAUGAUGCUCGUAAAGGGUCGAUUUAUGAUGGACAAGGUGCCCCCCCUGCUUAUGAUAUCCAAAGAGGCUCAGGAGAUGAAGCUCAAAGAGGAGCUAAUUACGAGGCACAAAAGGGCGCCAGCUACGAUGCAGCAUCGAGAGGUACUGCAGGCCAUCAAGGACAGGUUUCCAUGAAUAAUCAACCUUACCCGCCAACACCGAGUUCUAGAACUGGUCCUGGAUAUGAUUUAGCAACGCGUGGUGUAAAUCCCGCCCAUAGGUGAUUUGAAUGCCACCCUCAGGUUUUGGCGCCUGUGGAACUUGUUGAAGGUCACCUCGUCCGACCUACGGGUUCUCAAUUGAUGGAAGGGGCAAUAAAGCCUUGUCGUUAUUAACACUUGAUCCUGUUUAACUUCUUCUAGUUUUUCAUGAAGAUGCUCUGCUGUGAGCGUAAAGAGUGAGAAGGAGCAACGGCGGAGUCUUUUGAAGUUUUACCGAGUUCACAAAUCAGGCAUAUUGGAUUAACUGCCAUUUCUAUCGGUUACAACUGUAGUAGAAUUCGUUUACUUACUGUGCAGUUCACAUAAAUUGAAUUUUGUGCUGAUUUGGUA